UUAGAAUGGGAAGGUUUCUCCGAGACCAAGAUAAAAAGUGAUGGAAAUUGCCAGUUCAGCUCUUUAGCCGAUCAACUGUUCCAAAACCCGGAUCUUCAUGAAAAAGUUAGAGAAAGAGUAGUAAAACAGCUUAAAACUUGUCCAAAAACUUACAAAGGAUUUGUUGAAAUGGACUCGAGUAAAAAAAGAGCAGAGAAUGUUCCCAAGGACUACUCCGAUUAUGUAAAGAACAUGUCCAAGAACGGCGUGUGGGGCGAUAGAAUCACCUUACAGGCAGCCGCAGAUACGUUUGAGGUGAAAAUAGUACUCAUUACAUCAAACAAAGAAUCACCUUCCGUGGAGAUUCUUCCCAACUCUCAAAAGUUCGAGAGAGUCAUUCACUUGAGCUAUCUGGCAGGUGUCCAUUACAGCUCCAUCUACUUAAAAGGAGGCUCAGAGACAGAUACGGCUUCGAUGGAGCUUCAGGGUAAGACUAAGAAUAAGAAGGAGACUGAAGAGGAGAAUGAGAAAGAGAAGGAGAAGGAAGAUGAGAAGAAGAACAAGAAGAAAAGGAAGAACAACAAGAAGAAAGAUAUUAAUAGAGCGUCAACUGAAUCUUCUCAAAACGAUGAAGUUUCGUCCAAAGGCAGAAUGCAGCAAACAUCAGAGGCCACUUUGCAAUCAUCUCUAACGGCUCUGAAGCUAAGAGGCAAACACAGAGUACCUGCCCAUGAAGCUGAGAGCAAACCAUCAAAUCGAUUUGAGUUCCUCGAUACUACUGAU